GGAAUUCCACACGGCGCCCAUCUCUCUCUCUCUCUCUCUGAAAUUCGCGAAUUGGGAAUGGGAAGAGGGAUCGUGGAAGAACGCUACUGCAACGACGAAGAGACGCAGCUAACCGUCCUCAAGACCUCUCUCUUCUUCUCUGGUGAUGGUUUCACCGUCUACGACCCUAAAGGCGAUGUCGUCUUCCGAGUCGACAGCUACGGCCACGACGCCAAGAACCAACACGAGCUCGUUCUCAUGGACCCCACCGGAAACUGCAUCCUCACCGUCCGUAGAAAGAGACCAAGCCUUCAUCAUCGCUGGGAGGGAUUUCUGGGAGAGAGGAUCGACGGUCAGAAACCCAUCUUCAGCGUCCGACGCUCAUCGAUCAUCGGACGGUCGAGAGUAACCGCGGAGGUGUACGGAAACAGCAGCUCCCCUGUGGAGGAGUACGAAAUCCAAGGAUCCUUCUCCCACCGAAACUGCACCUUCUACAACACCUCCUCCGCAGCUUCCACAGAAACGGUGGCGGAGAUCAAGAGAAAGGUUUCUGCUUCCGCCAAUGUCGUGCUCGGGAAGGACGUGUUCUGCCUCUGCCUCAGGCCCCGUUUCGAUGCCGCCUUCGCUAUGGGCCUAGUACUCGUCCUCGAUCAGAUCAACGGCGAUGAUGAUGAUGGCGGUGGUGGGACAGCUGUGGAUGAUGGGCUCUGUUCUUCGCCUCCCGUUUCGUGAUUUGAAUCGAUUUCGGCUCCUGUUGGAAAAUCUUGGACGUUGGUUUUCUUUCUUCUGUUUUCGCUUACAACAAUCUUCUUUUUUGAGAUUAAACAGCUUUCCAGAUUAA